CUGCAGGGCACGUGUUCCCAGAGCUGCAGGCAGGGAGCUCCCGGAGGGGCUGACAGACAAUAUUGGCUUUGUCGACCUCUUCUCCCUCUUGCUCUCCCAAAUCAUGAGUCCCUUCUUUGUGAUGUCUCUCCUCUUUGGCCUGAUUUUUGGACAAACAGCAUCACUCUGUGCCCCUUCUGAGUACACAAUCCACGUGGAGAAACGGGAAUGUGCCUAUUGCCUGGCCAUCAACACCACCAUCUGCGCUGGAUUCUGCAUGACGCGGGACAGCAAUGGCAAGAAGCUGCUCCUGAGGAGUGCUCUGUCGCAGAACGUGUGCACGUACAAGGAGAUGCUGUACCGCACAGCGCUGAUCCCGGGCUGCCCUCACCACACCCUCCCCUACUACUCCUACCCCGUGGCUGUCAGCUGCAAGUGUGGCAAGUGCAACACUGACUACAGUGACUGUGUCCGGGACAGGCUCAGCACAAACUACUGCACCAAGCCACAGAAGCUCUGUAACCUGUAAAGCUUUCACGGGAUGAAAUGUACUGCU